GUAAAAUGCUUCUUCUACUUGAUUUAUUUUCUGAUAAUUAUGCCCACGUCAAAAUAGAAAAGAAAAGGAAGCGCAAAGAAAUAAAGAGUCAGAAAAAAAUAAAAAUGAGUAGUGAUCUCAUUGAAACGAGGUUUAUAUAAAAUUUAUACUUUUGAGAAAUUCCAACGGGACAUAAAGAGUAUAUAUGACUCUGCAUCGAGUCAAAGCUGCAAUUUACCUAUACUUGACGAAUGCUACUCAUUAAGAACAAGAGUAUAGUUCAAAAAAUUGAAAAAGAAAAAAAAUUCAAGCAAAAAAUCCAUAUUUUAAACAAUUUUUGAGCGCGUAAUUUUGAUUUUAAGGAACUUCUUAGAUCUCAAUACCAAAAUUUAAAUAAAUCAAUCUUAUUAGUGUGUUCAACAGUUUGAUUUAAUAACACCCUUUACAACAUUCCAAAUUAUUAAAAAUGAUUAUCAAAUGUUUAUCUAUCGUCAUAAUAGUGACUAUAAGUGUAACUAAUUCUUCGAUAUAUGAUGAUGAUAUUAAUAUGAAUGGUAUUAUACCCGCCAAACCGGAUCUUCAAUUUGAUCCUUCGGCGAUUAAUAAAUUUUCUAAAAGAUUUUACAGCGUUUUAGCAGAAUAUGAAUCAGAUAAUCUAAUCUGCUCGCCACUUAGUGUGUAUGUUACGCUUUUCAUGGCAAGUUAUGGUGCGUGUGGUAAUACUAAAAAACAAUUGUUAUCAGCUUUAAGUUCACCUAAUGAUAAAACCAUUACUGAGAGGGAAAUUCAACAUCUACUUUAUUCACUCAAUAAUAUGCAAGGGGCCGAAGUAAAGUUAGUUAAUAAAAUUUUCGCAACGAAUAAGUUCAAAUUACAGCCCAAAUUUACAAAAAUAACAAAAGAGUAUUUUGGGUCUGAAGUGAAGCGAGUUGAUUUCAUAAAUGUUGAAAAAACUGUUAGAACUAUAAAUAAUUUGUGUGCAAAUGAAUCAAAUAAUCAUAUAACUGAUGUAGUCGAACCUAGUGAUAUUGAGGGCGCAGAAAUGAUUUUAGUUAGCGCUAUUUACUUCAAAGGCAAAUGGGCUGAAAAAUUUAAAUUUAAAUGGACCAACCCAUAUCCUUUUGAAAUCGACGAAAAAACAACUAAGGAUGUGCCGAUGAUGUUUAAAGAAGCAAAAUUCUAUUGGGGUUACAUUCGGGCGGUCAAAUCUCGUUUCAUCAAACUUCCGUAUGAGAGCCAUGGAAAAAAAGAAACAAUCGAAAUGAUUAUUAUUCUUCCUCAUAAUGGAGUCAAUAUUCACGACGUUGAAAAUAAUAUUAACAAAAUAGAUUUCACACGACUCAAAGGAUCCACGAUGAAGAUGGCUUUGCAUUUACCCAAAUUCAAAAUCGAAAGUAAAUUCAAUCUAAAACCAACUUUACAAGAUGUGGGGAUUACUCAGAUGUUUAAAGACACUGCUGACUUUUCUGGUAUUAUAAAAAAUACUAAACUAAAGGUCAGCAAAAUCAUUCAGAAAGCAUUUAUCGAAGUCAAUGAAGAGGGAACUGAAGCCGCUGCCGUUACAGGAAUGAAAAUGAAAUCCAGAUCAUCACCUCUACAGUUUACUGUUAAUAGACCAUUUUUGUGUGUAAUUGUCAAGAGCAAUAGUAAUACACCAUUAUUUUAUGCUCGUAUAAUGGAUCCUACUGCCAACUAAAUUUAGUUCAGAUAAUUUUCCAAAUUGACAGAAACAAUAAAUAUUUUUUUUUUCUUUAGGCGAUUAAAUAAAAAACAAUUUUUUUGUUUGCAUUAA